AUGGCUACGGAAGCUGCUAACAACAGCAACAACAACAACAGCAGCAGCAGCAGCAGCAGCGUAGCAGCAGCAGCAGCAGCAAUUACUGAAGCAGCAGCAAAAGAAGCUGCACUGGAGGCGCCCCAAAAAACAGCAGCAGCAGCAGCAGAAUCAGCAGCAACAGCGGCAACAACACCAACACAGCAGCAGCAACAACAACAGCAGCAACAGCAACAACAGCAACAGCAGCAACAGCAGCGGCAGCAGCAGCAACAGCAGCAGCAGCAGAAGGAGCAGCAGCAGCAGCAACUACAACAACAGCAGCAGCAACAGCAGCUGGAGCAGAAGGAGCAGCAGCAGCAGCAGCAGCAGCUGAAGCAGCAGCAGCAACAACAACAGCACAUAUACUCUUCACCCAUACUACGGCCUCCUCAGCUGGGAGACGUGCAGCGCGAAUUGUCAUCCCUCUGGAAAACCCUAAACCCUACAGAGAAGCAGUUGUCGGCGGACGGAGCAAGAACCCUCAACUAUGCGACGGCAGCUGCGCUGCGUCAUUUCACCUCUCAAAGUUUGUCGAUGCGGGAGAAUGAAAAAACCCUAACUCUAGAUGAUGUCUUGGCGAUGAUCACCAGAGGCGGCAUGCCAAUGAAAUUUCUUCAGGAGUGUAAGUAUGCAAUCUGCGAGGAAGAAGAAGAAAAAAUAUUUAAUGAGGAAGUUGAGAAGGAAUUUGUUGCUCCUCCUCGCGCUUCAAUACUCAAGCCGAAGAAAACUUCAAAAACAUUUACAGCAGAUAUUUCUUCUUUCUUUAAAAAAGCAUAA